GAUGGCUACAAAUAAAAUUUAUACCGAUAUCGAUAAGACACUCAAUCCGCCCAUUAUUCUUAUCAUUCUGAAGCCGUUCCUUAUCCGUACAGGACGCUUGAAUAGGAGUAACUCCCAUAAGAAGGAAUUCGCCAAUAAUCUAUUGGAUGUUAGAAGAUUUUAUAACAAGUUUUAUGAAUAUAAACGUGAUGAAAUUAAUCAGACAGAUUUCUAUGACAAACUAAGACGUUUUAACAGAAUGAAAAAAAUAUCGAUAGAUGAUCUUCAUCUUUUGAUAUUCUCCUUUAUCGAUCAAGAAAUAUUUUAUGAGUGCUAUGAAACUUUGAGAGACAUUAUUAGCAACUUUAUAGGCGAUAUAAAGUCUUUAGGUAAGAUAGUGAAAAUUCGAAAGAAAUUGGUGUCGGAGCUAAGAAGAGUGAAUUAUCCAAAUUUUCCAUUAAUUGUUGAGAAACAGUAUAUAAUAGAUAAAUUAAAGGAGAUGAGAUUGAUGGAUAAAAAUUGGCUGAUGUACGCCCUUAUACCUGACUACCUUAUGCAACCUUGGCUAGCAAAUUUAUGGGGAAAAUCUGUAGAUACAUUAUCUGACUAUGUGUUGAAAAUUCAAACUAAACAAGAACUUUAUCAAAAUAUUGCCUCAUUUGGAAAAGGAUACUGGAAUAUAGGAGCAUCGGCUGCCUUCUCUUCAAUAUAUGAAAAACGUGUUCAAGAUCCUCUUUGGGAUCGUAUCGUAACAGAUUAUGAAGAUAAGCUGAUACAAAUAAUACUUUACAUAAAUGAUGUUGGUUUAUUAAACUUUUAA